CAUACAGCAUCAUCUGAGGACGGCUCAGGAGCAUGACAAGCGGGAUCCCGUGGUAGCCUAUUACUGAAUCAGCCAUCUGUAUUGAGGUUAACCUUUAAAGGACAAGAAGCUGGUAUUUGUUGAUCAUGGUUUUGGUGAUAGCGAAAUGGGAAUAAUUUGAUUUUUGCCUCAAAGGAGAUAGACAGAUAGACUGACUCCACCAUUUUAUUGUCGUUUAUAUGCAAUGCAAACUGGAAUGAAGAUUGAUAGUAAAACUCCUGAAUGUCGUAAAUUUUUAUCAAAGCUAAUGGAUCAGUUAGAAACUCUUAAGAAACAGUUGGGUGAUAAUGAAGCUGUUACUCAAGAAAUAGUUGGUUGUGCCCAUUUGGAGAAUUAUGCUUUGAAAAUGUUUUUGUAUGCAGAUAAUGAAGAUCGGGCUGCACGAUUUCACAAAAACAUGAUCAAGUCCUUCUAUACGGCAAGUCUUUUAAUAGAUGUCAUAACUGUGUUUGGAGAACUUACUGAUGAAAAUGUGAAACACAGAAAAUAUGCAAGGUGGAAGGCAACAUAUAUCCAUAAUUGUUUAAAGAAUGGAGAGACUCCUCAAGCAGGGCCUGUUGGAAUUGAUGAUGAUAAUGAUGUUGAAGAAAAUGAAGAUGUUGGAGCCACCUCCCUGCCCACUCAGCCACCUCAGCCAUCAUCUUCAACUUAUGACCCCAGCAAUAUGCCUUCGAGCAACUAUUCUGGAAUACAGAUUCCUCCCGGUGCACAUGCCCCAGCAAAUACACCAGCAGAAGUGCCUCACAGCACAGGUGUAACAAGUAAUACUCUUCAACCUACUCCACAAACUAUUCCGGCCAUUGAUCCUGCACUUUUCAAUACAGGUUCCCAGGGGGAUAUCUGUCUAACACCCGAGGACUUUGCUAGAGCUCAGAAAUACUGCAAAUAUGCUGGCAGUGCUUUGCAAUACGAAGAUGUCAGCACUGCUGUGCAGAAUCUGCAGAAGGCCCUCAAGUUACUGACUACAGGCAGAGAAUAAAGCCUUUGUACAGCAGAUCCAUGCAUUUUGGCUUACAGAACUAACAGUCCAUUAGCCUCUAUCUUCCACCUAUCAGGAGCACAGUUUUAAGGAAGACUUCAGUUCCAUUGACUAUAACAAUGAAAUCUGUGUCUAUGUAUCAGAUUCCUGUAGAAGCAUUCAUCAGCGGCCUCAACCAGUUUUUAUUGCCCAUUUAGUGGAUCCAGUAAUCUCUGGGUGUAUCGGGCUGAUGUUAAAAAUGCCCAUUGAACUCUGCAUCAAAAAGUGAAAAUACAGUUCUAAAAAAUUUAUUGGGAAUAAGCUUUGUACCUUAAUUUACAUGAUUUAAAAAAUAUUUUAAUUUAUAAUUUGAACAAACAGAGCAUAGUACUUUGCUAUAAAAUUUUAAUUUUAAUAAAGAUGGCCAGAACAUUCCAGAUUAGAAAUGAUGCUUUUUGUUUUCCUCAAAACUUAUAAAACAAGUAUGAACAUCCUAAACCGUUAGAUUAAUCUGAAAGAGAUUAUGUUCAAAAUUCAAUUUAUAUUCAUGUUAUAACUACAUUAAAAGUUUAAAUUUUCAUGGAAAAGAAGAUAAGGAGGUAGAAUCACUUUUAGACUUAAGAAGGAUGUUGGUUUCCCAACUGCUUUUCCUUAUCCUUUGAAGCUUACGGUGAAUUGGUAUUUGCUUCAUAGGCAGCUUGACUGCAUGUAUUAGAGAAUGAAAAAACAGUUUUAGUAAUGCCUGGAAACCUGGUGCUUUAAGUUAGGAUUCUCCUCUGCUGCUAUGGAAUGGUUCUCUAUAGUGUAUAGCUAUGAAUGAUGCAGAAGUUUAUAAGAAAUUAGAUUCUCAGUUGUUAUGUUUAUAAGUUUUAUGGGGAAUUUUGGACUUAAUGUGUCACCUGCAUUUGUGCUGUGUAAAAAAUAAAUGCAAGGAUUCUUUUCACUAGUUCAAUUUACUACAGAGCCAAAUGUCUGUUUUAAUUUGCAUGCUAGAAUUGUCAUUUUUAAGUCAUUAUUUUUAGUUACAGGAAUAUGAUAUUUCUGUAGUAAGACACAAUUUUCUUUAAAAGAGAGAGAUAAAUUUGGUAAAUUUAUCUGUAAUGUAUCUGGUCCAUUUAUUCCACUAAGAUUGAAAUACUUUAACAUAUGGGUCAGCAAACUAUGGUCCAUGGCUUGGCCACCUGUUGUUCAAAUAAAGUUUUAUUGAAUCAAAACCGUACCCAUUCAUUUGUUUUAUCUGUGGUUGCUUUCCACAACUGCAGAAUUGUAUUUCCUACAAGUCUAAAAUAUUUACUAUUUGGCCCCCUAAGAUAAAGUUUGCUGACUCCUGAUCUCAUGGUCUAUCAGAAAGAAAAUGAAUUAUUAACUCCUAAUCAUUUGUGUCUUUUAGUUUUCCUUUGCAUCAGUGUAAUGCUGUGGUAUAGGUUUGAUAGAAUGAGGAUUCAGACAGAAUAAACUGUUCUAAAUUAUUGAAAAAACAAGUCCCAAAUAACAUGCCUCCUGAUUAAUGUUCAUAUCUUUCACAAAUAAAGUCCUACAGCAUUUUGUAGGAUUCAACAUUUACAUCUAGAAAUCCAGUGCCCUGAUAUACUUCUUUAGAACUUUAUUGCAGUAGAAAAGUGGUUAUAAUGAUUAUUAGUGCUUUAAAGAGGUAAAAUUUUUAAUUCACAUCUUAACAUGUCUGGACACAAGAAAAAAAGACAAAACUGUCACCUCUUAUUUCACACUCUAUUUUGUUGUUCCCAGUUGGGAGAAGGAGGGAAGAAGACAGUGUGGGAACCCUGGAACCUCCUGAUAAGUGCGCCAUGGUCUGACAGCCCUUAUCUGUAAGAUGGAAGCAAUACCACCAGACACCUCAGAGUUUGUUCUGAGAGCUGAAUGAGAGAGUAUACAUCAGGUAGUCAGCACAUAGUAGCAAUCUACAAAUGUUCAUUGUUAACAAUGUUAUAUUAUCAAUUGUUAAUAAUAAUUUAUUUCCUGAAUUUCAGGAGAUCCCAGUU